GUCGGUCAUAGGUCAUAAAAAUGGCUGCCAAAACAUUGUCGAUGGUAGCAAUCACAGUCUUUGUUGUCGAUUUUGUACAAGGAUACUACUGUGAUAGUGACAAAUGUUCUGAUGAAGAGUAUUGUUGUGGUUACAACUUGUGUUGUAAAUCAUAUAAAGUUUGGGAUCUCUGGUAUUUCUGGUGUGGACUGCUGUUCUUUGUGUUUCUAUUAUCAGUGUGUGUCAUGCUUUGUCGCAUAAGGGCACGAAGUUCUCUUCUUGUUGGUGGCUACAAUUAUGCCCCACUCAGUCAGGACCAUGCAUGUGUUCAUACAUGUGCAACAGGACCAGUUUUGAUGUCCCAUGGUGCAUCGCGCUCAUCAGGCCUUCACGCUAAUCCUCCUCCCUACUGCCAGCCAUCAGCUUCUCAGAAUAAAGCGACGGUGCCGCCACCUGCAUAUUCCGAAAUUACAGCACAAAAGGAGCUUCAUGGCCAUUGAAUUUGUUUUGGACCAGCGUACUUAGUCGUAUAAAAAAAGUAAUAUUGACACCUUUGCAAGAAGUGUUUGAUCAAAAUACAGUGAUUGUAUAUUUGCCCGAAUCUUUCCGAAGGGUUUCAUCCCAUGCCUUGGAGGUGGUUCUUAUUUAUAUGAUCUCUGUUCAGUGGAAGAUGUUACUCUUUGUGCUGCCUGCAGAUGUUAAAGGUUCAGCAUAGGUUGCACAAUUUCUGGCCAUUAUACAUGCAGUCUACAUGUGACUGCCUGAGAAUAUGUUUCAAAAGUUGUUUGCUUGCAUAAUUCAUUGGCACAGUUGGUUCCAAAGAAACAAAGCUCUUCUUGCUUGUUACUAAAUGUUGAAGCUGCUUAUAGGUGUAAAGCAACAUAAAGCAGAAUCAAAAGAGAACUGCAAAAUACAGAUUUUUGUCAUAAGUUAAAAAAACCUUGGUCACUAAAGUGGAUGUACAGUAGAAAAUUAUGAUUUAAUGGAUGUAGUAGGUAUUUUCUGUUUUUCAUUUAAAAGGAAUUAUUCCUCAGCAGCUGAAAAUACAUCAUAAACGCUAAAGUAGUGGAAUUGACAAUGAGAACUUUAGAUGUAACAUCUCUAUUAAUUUGUAAAGCAUUAGGUCCUUUAGGAUUGUGGGGGUUAAUUAAUGAACAUAAAUGCAGGUACAUCUACCCAGUUGAUAAAAAAAGUUCACUGUAUUUUUCUCAUGUUUUUUAAUUUAAUUUUAUGGUUUUGGGCAAAUUAAGCUGGUUUAUGUGCUUUAUAGAGAAAUAAGUGUAAAAAAAAAAAAAGACUAUUCUGUCUAUGCAGAAAGGCUUCAAAAUGACAUUCAGACUAAGGUGUACAUCUAGACUAUAUUUUUCUGACCUGGCAUUUAUAGAGAUAACUGAAGAUCCCAAAUUUUAAUGUUGUGAUAUAUAUUUCUUUAUACAUUUAUCAUUGCACAUAUUUAGAUUUAUAGUGGCUCAUUGAAAUAAAAAACUUUGUCUUCUGUGGCUUAUUAAAAAGAUAAAUCUAAGUACAGUGUACUCUGUUUUAAAAGCACAUUAUAAGUAUAGUUUGUUUAUUGUUAAUUGAAGUGUUUACGCUGGUUUAUAUUUGAUACAUGAAGCUUUGCAUGAAAAUUUUGGCUGUCGGCACAUUAAUCUUUGGUCUAAAUAAUUGUGCAUAUGAUGCACAGUAAUGUUAACUGCUAAGUGGCAUGCAUAGUCAAUUUGUGAUUUGAUGCAUUUUUUUCAGAGCUUAAUUCCUUUUUAUUUCUUUGCCCUCCUUCUUUAUCAUCAUGAAUAUCGUCUGGAGCAGAUAUCACGGAACCAUUUGAUUAAAAGGGAUAUCGGAAAUUAUUAUUCUUGGCUUGCAAAGCUAAUAUUUUUUUAACUUUUUUUUUUUAAACAACAGCUGAAUAUUGGUGAUGAAGUCUGUCAAGGAAACAGCCAGUGAGAAAGCUUUGAAUCUAGUGCUUAUGAAGAAUUGUCAUUUAUAAGUGAUGUGAUUAGCUCUAAGGUUUUGGUUGUCUUUUGAGCUUCAAAUGACAAUGUAGAUGUUUGCAAAUUUUUUGUGCAAACAGAACAGAGAUAUUUUUCAUACUUGGGGGUUUUGUUGCAAUGAACUAAACCCAAUCAUUAUACAUCAUUUUCCUAAGGUUAUUCUGAACACUAUGUGCAUAAGAUUCAUUUGUAUGGUUCCAACUUCAUACCUUUACCUUUGAUUCAUCUCCUAAUAUGCUGGAUUAUUUACUAUAUAGUAAGAGUAAAACCAUUUAAUGUACUUAAUGCUGUAAACAUUAAUGUUUUUUUUUUUUCCAUGAAUAUUUUUAGAAACAAGCAUAAGUGGUGUGGUGCUUGUACUAGUAAUAAUGCUUAGGCCUAUGUCGAGAGUAGAAUCUCAAUUGUACAAUGCCAUAAAACACAGUCCCCUGUAUCAUUAAUGGGGUAUAGAAGUGUGACUUGUAAGCUCUAUUCUUUAAUCCUCUUAAGCUCUUUUAGACAAGGAAAAAAAAGGAAAAAUUAAUCAUGUGAUUUCUUCUCCUUAAAUGUUCCUUAAAGAGCACAAAUCUGUGUGGCUGUAUUUAUGAGUAUGUAGCUGCAUGUUUGAGAGCACACACUUUAUUUAUUUUACAAAUAAAGCUCCUCUUUUUUUGAAAUACUUAAAUUGCUUUCUUUGUCUGGAUUUCAGAAACUUUAUGUAAUCAUCCUAAAAUGUAUGACUAUCACAAAUUAGAAACCUGGUCAGUGACACAAAUUACUUCUACUGUUUCAAAUAUGCAUAAAUCUGAAAUUUGGAUUAACAACACUUUUUCAAUCUAAUCUUUUUGUUUAAUUUUUUUUUUUAAGAUUUCAGGAACUACUGUAUGUUUUAUUUUUAACGUGUUGAUCUGUUCAUUGUUUAACUUCAAAUUUUUAUUCAAAUGGGUACAUGCUAUCGAUUUUUAAGGAUAUCAUGGAGAAAUCAGGUGUGUGCAUGUGUAAGAGAGGGAGAUAGAGCAAUGGGUAUUUGCACCUGUCAUUCCCUUGGAGUAAUAUGCUCCUGGAUUCUUCACAGUUUGAUAUACAGAUUUACUAAUAAAGUGAUUUUUUUCUUUUGGUGCGGAUUUAUUAUGUCAUAGGUUUGGAUUCAUCUCCUUAAAUAUGUUUAAACAUUUUAUUGCAGAAUGGUCACAAAUUACUAUUUAAAUAGAUUUAUUCUUCUACACUAAGAAUGUGAUUUUGCCAUUCAUUAUUUUGAGGUUUUCCUUCAGUAAUUGUUAAUUACCAAGUACCAUAAUUAUUUACUCCAUUUGUAAAUUAACAUAUGUCAUCUAUCAUAAUGAAGAAAUUGCUGGUGAGGUAUAUUGUAAAAGCUUCUAUUUUCCAUGUGAAAUGUUGAGAAAAUAAAAUUUACAGGAAUGAAGAAA